AUGGAUAACCCCGCGCAGGGGUUGAACCCGGAGAUGGCUCCAAUCACUGGGCCCCAUAAAGGGGCUUCAGGGGCGGGUUCUUCGACCUCGCCCGACUGGGAGGAACCUAUGGAGGGCCAGUACAGGGCUGAGGCCGCCUCCAAGAAGAGGCCCCAUGAGGGAAACCGGGUCCUGGAUUAUGAGACUCACGUUGGGAGCGGGCCUAAAGUUAGCACCUCGCUGAGGGGUAGGGCCAAGGCCAUGGCGAAGAAAGCCUCCAUAGGCCACUUUACCGGCCUGGCAGCAGCCAAGGCCAGACUGAAGGCCUAUAAGGAGGACUUGCUCUUGGAGGUGCUGGACAGCCAGGAGGGAAAGGGAAAGGGAGUGGUCCCCCCGGGAGUGGUCCCCCCUUUACUCCUGAGAAGGUCCCAGGGGGACAACAAAAAGAAGGGGGAUAAGGAGCCGUGGAUGGUGAGCCCGUCCCCUUCUCCAAGUCAAGAAAUGACAGAAUGCAGCCCGCCCCUAUACACAGGGACGGACUACAUAGAAAUAGUGCGGGAGGCGACCCAUAUUAUCCUAGAGGCUGCCGGAAAAUCCGGCAACCUAAAUGGACAAGUCUGGGGCAAACUGAACCAGGCCUGCCGGGACAUCCUGGCGGCGACUGACGUCCUGGCGGAUAGAGUAGAGGACGAGGAGUUGCGGGCCUUGAAGGAGGAUAAUAACCGAAUGCGGGAGCAACUGGCCCAAUGUCAGUCCGAGAUGAAGGCCCUUCGUAGAGCCUUCUCUGAGAGGACGAUCCAGCCCUCACAGGCCCCGACGGCCCAAUGCGACCAGGCGACGGGCUUUUCUGAGGCCCUCAAAGAGGCCCUCAAGGAAUUAAAGGAGGACCUGAAGCGGGACCUUACAAUUACCAUGGGAAACAUGAUCUCGGCCCGCACGGGCCAUUUCCCUGAGCCGGUCCCCCGCCCUCCUCUCGCUGCGGACAGGAAUAAGACGAUUGCGAACCAGCCGGAACCUCUCUCUGGGGCGCCGCCCUCAAGGGCAGUGACAGGUGCGCCGCCCAUAAGGCAGCCUAAGGCCCCUGUGGCCCAGCCUUCGGCACCAGCGACCAAGAAGAGGGCUAACUCUGCUCCUAGGCAGAAGACGGUGAAGGAGCCUAGUGCCUCUCCACCCUCGCAGCCGGCAACAAAAACGCAGGAGCCUGCUGAGUCUUGGACGCAGGUUGUCAGGAAGGGCAAUGGCAAAUCCGCCAAGCCCCCUUCCCCCCCUGCCGCCCCGGCUCGGAAACCGGCACCAGCAGGCCCACGGAAGCUGGUUGUGCCCGCCACGGCCGCGAUUGUGAUGGCCUUGAAGCCGGAGUCUGAGGCGACAUACGCCUCAAUUUUGUAUAAGGUCACCAAAUCGGUGAAGCUUGCUGAUGUGGGUGUAGAGCACGUCAAGGUCCGCAAAACAGCUGCUGGGGCCAGGAUACUUGAGGUGUCCGGGUCCGACAAUGGUAGGGCGGCUGACGAACUCUGCCGAAAAAUGACGGAGGUGAUCGGAGAGGAAGCCCGAGUAUACAGGCCCACCAAAAUGGCGGACUUACGCAUUUCGGGCCUAGAUGAGGCAGCCUCUCAGGAAGCGAUCGCGGGAGCGAUCGCUAAACUGGGAGAGUGCUCAAUAAAUGAGGUUAAGGUGGGAUCGAUUAGGGCCCAAUAUAAUGGGACAACGUCGACUCUGGCACAGUGCCCUAUAACGGCAGCCAAGAGGGUCACCGCAGCGGGUCGACUUCAAAUAGGAUGGUCCUCGGCUCUGGUAGUGGCGCUGGACCCAACACCGAUGAGGUGCUUCAGGUGCAUGGGCACGGGGCACACCAGAGCACUAUGCCCGUCGCCAGUAGACAGGAGCGGGCUCUGCUUCCGGUGUAGCAGGCCGGACCACAAGAGGGUGGACUGCAAGGCGGAGACUGCCUUCUGCUCGGUAUGUCAUGCGGCCAAACGCCCAGCGGGACACAUAAUGGGUGGCUUUUCCUGUACGCCCCCACCAGCAAAAGGCAAAGAGGCUCUUCCGAAGACCCAAAGAGCCCCUCCAGUGAGUAACAUCGACCAACGGGCCUGUGAGGGACAAAAUAUGGAUAUUUAG